AUGGCACCCAGCAGCUCUAACCGGGUCCAUAUGAAUCAUCGCGCAAAGCCCAAAAAGGGCCACAAAGAGGCUGAACCAGUCACUGAUCCUCUCGCACCUGCACGAGUGCACAACAAUGAACCAUCGCGCGGAGCGAAGAUCGACGCCCAGCUCCAGAAGGAAGAAGAGGAAAUGCUUUCGAGAAAGCAGGCGAAGAAGCAGCACCAGCAUCAUCGCAGGACCUAA